GAUAAAAUCUAAAUUUGCACUGUUUCAUUCCCCAAGAUUAAAUGCACGUUAUUCAAGUUGUUUUAGAAACAAAUAAAUCCACCGGCGUAGUGCACUGGUAAUUGCUUAUUUGCUUGCUAGAUAUUGUAGAGAAAGAAGAGCGAUAUCUCGUGUUCCCGACAGAACGAGUGGCGAUUUAGUCUUAAAUAUCCUUCAAAAAUCUAAAUAUCUCCCACUCUGGUGGUACCAGGUGGGUGGUUCCCCAAGUUUCACUCUACAAAGGUUGCUUUCUUUUGUCACUGUUUUUCACUUUUCAGUAAGCGGCUUUGCUUAGUCUAUUUUUAACGUGAAACCAAGUGCUCUGUUUUCAAGUUCCCUUCAUUCCUUUCUUCUUCCAUCCCUCUUUGUUCAGAAAUUUAGCAGAAACUUAUUCCCUACCACAUCCCCACAUGCUCCUUUUACUGUCUAUUUGCUAUUUCUCUAGGUAAUUUGUUCACUAUUUUUUCUUGUAAUAUCAUUCAUCAAAGUUUUGAAGAAAAGAAACCAUUUUGUUUGUUCUAGAGCUGAGUCUUUGUUAAAUUUACAUGGUUUCAAGCUUUUGCUGAUGAUGUCGGGAUUCUGAUGGUUUUCCUCCAUCGGAAUUUUAUUUAACUUGGAUCAAGUUUCUUCCUUUUUAGUUUCAUUUUUCUUUCGCCUUAGCCAAAUUUCUUUAGACCAACUUCUUUUCCAUCUCUCAACUUCACUGUGAUUCCACUGUUUCUCUUUGAUCUUUUGGACACUAAAUAGUCUGCUUUCUUGAUUUUAAAUUAAAGUUAUGCAUCUUGUCUGGAAACGUCACUUGUAUCUGCUUCAAUUUCUUCUUUUUCUUCUCCACUUUCAUUCCCUUUCUUCGGAUACCACACCCUUGGAUUGUAAGGACGCCACCCGCGUCUGCACUUCGUUCUUGGCCUUUAAGCCUCGACCAAAUCAAACCUUAGCCGUAAUUCAGAGCAUGUUUGAUGUAUUGCCUAAUGACAUUACUGUUGAAGGCAAUGGCUGGGACUACAUAUUUAUCAAAAAGAACUGUUCUUGUGCUGCUGGCAUAAACAAAUACGUGUCUAGCACCACUUACACUGUAAAAUCCAAUGAAGGGUUGGUGUAUGAUUUGGUGAUGAAGGCCUAUGAUGGGCUUGGUUUCUUGCCCAAAACGGCUAGGAGGGCAAAAAACGGCUCCGUUAUAACAUUGAAGUUGUUUUGUGGUUGCUCCAGUGGACCCUGGAACUAUAUGAUGAGUUAUGUGAUGAGAGAAGGUGAUAGUAUUGAAUCUCUGGCGAGUCGGUUUGGAGUUAGUAUGUAUAGUAUAGAGACAGUAAAUGGCAUCAACAAUCCUGACAAUAUCACUGUGGAUUCCCUGUGUUAUGUACCACUUAAUUCGGUUCCUGGUGAGCCAUAUACCCUGAAGAAUGAUACUUCCUUAGCUCCUGUUCCUGCCCCUUCUAUUGACAAUGUUUCUGCUAGUCAAGUCAGUCAUGCUCAUGCACCCUACAUAUGGAUCGUUGGGGGUUUAGGGAUCAGUCUUGCUCUGAUAAUAUUAAGCACAAUUCUUUAUUUCUGUGCGAGAUCGUCCAAUUGUUUUGCUGAAGCAAGCACAAGUCCUGAAAAGGUUGAUGAAGGCAAGAUCUUGCACAAAUUUCAUAUCCUUCAAAAUCCAAGUUUUUGCUGUGGUUCAGGAAGGUACAUACAGGGCAAACCUGUAGAGCAGAGGCAAUCUGAUCGUGAUUCCCGCAACAACCAGAUUACUGCUCCCAAAGUUUCAACAUUGGGGAUUAAUGUCUUUGAAGUGGAGAACCCUGUCGUUUUCACACAUGAAGAGAUUUGUUCUGCAACUGAUGGUUUCUCUGAUUCAAAUCUACUUGGGCAUGGUAUUUAUGGUUCUGUUUAUUAUGGCUUCCUUCGUGACCAGGAGGUUGCUAUCAAAAGAAUGACUGCUACAAAAACUAAAGAAUUCUUGUCAGAGAUGAAGGUCCUGUGCAAGGUUCAUCAUGCAAAUCUGAUAGAAUUGAUCGGCUAUGCUGCUAGUCAUGAUGAGCUUUUCCUUAUUUAUGAAUAUGCCCAGAAGGGUUCACUUGGAAGCCAUUUGCAUGAUCCACUGACCAAGGGUUCUUCCUCACUCUCUUGGAUCAUGAGGGUCCAGAUAGCACUUGAUGCUGCUAGGGGACUUGAGUACAUACAUGAGCACGCCAAAAUCAAUUACGUCCAUAGAGAUAUCAAGACAAACAACAUCUUACUUGGCGCUUCCUUUAGAGCAAAAAUUUCAGAUUUUGGGUUAGCAAAACUUGUUGGGAAAGCAAAUGAAGAAGAAAUUACUGCCACCAAAGUUGUUGGCACAUAUGGUUAUCUUGCACCUGAAUACCUGAGCGAUGGCCGUGCAACAACCAAAAGUGAUGUUUAUGCAUUUGGCAUUGUUCUUUUUGAGAUGAUAUCAGGGAAGGAGGCCACUAUUCGGACAGAAGGCUUGAUGUCAAAAAAUCCUGAGAGACGUUCUCUUGCAUCUAUUAUGUUGGCAGCUCUUAGGAACUCACCUGAUUCAAUGAGUAUGUCUAGUUUGAGAAAUCAUAUUGAUCCUAAUAUGAUGGACCUGUAUCCCCAUGAUUGUGUAUUUAAGAUGGCCAUGCUGGCAAAGCAAUGUGUGGAUGAUGAUCCCAUCUUAAGACCUGAUAUGAAACAAGUUGUGAUUUCGCUCUCACAGAUCCUCCUGUCUUCUAUUGAGUGGGAAGCAACUCUAGCCGGCAACAGCCAAGUGUUCAGUGGGCUUGUUCAAGGAAGAUAGUUAGAGACCAACAUCUUUCAUUCACUACAACAGCUUUCCUAUAUUCUUUUUGUUAAUAGGAGGUCUUAGAUUCAAACUUCUACUAUUACGCAUACUCUAAAAAAUUGUGUUGUGCGAGUUGGUACGUGAGAGAGAGAGAGAGAGAGAGAGAGAGAGAGAGAGUACAGCCUUGUCUCCUUAAUGGCGGGAAAGCAUCUCCUUUUGGUUGUCAGUCUGAAUUUCUUAGAUUGUAGUAAAUAGUCUUAAAUUACAAUCUGUGUAAAUUUUUGGAUGUAACUAGUAAAUCUUUUCUUAAAUUACAAUCUCUGUAUAAAUGUGUGGAUGUAAGCUACAUUAUGUGAUGAUGAUGACUGCUGUGGGGGGAUUUUAGUGAUGUAUAGUUAAUACUGAUAUGAAUUGCACUUUUAAUUUAA